UUUGAUCCCUCAAGGAUUCCCAUCAGAGAGACCUUGGGCCAGAUUCUAUGUGCGGCUCUAUAGAGCAGAGGGGCUACCCAAAAUGAACUCCAGCAUUAUGGCAAACGUCACCAAAGCAUUUGUGGGUGACAGUAAGGACCUGGUGGAUCCCUUCGUGGAGGUGUCCUUUGCUGGGCAGACGGGGCGGACCUCGGUGCAAAAGAACUGUGCUGAUCCUGUCUGGCACGAACAGGUGGUCUUCAAGGAAAUGUUCCCUCCCUUGUGCCGGAGGGUGAAAAUUCAGGUUUGGGAUGAAGGCAGCAUGAGCGACGUAGCCCUGGCAACCCACUUCAUCGACCUGAAGAAAAUCUCCAACGAGCAGGAUGGAGAUAAAG